GAGCCAAGUGUCACCAUGGCUGAAGUCGACGAACUUUUUGAAGUUAAAAACUCUUUUUAUAUUGGCAACUAUCAACAUUGUAUAAAUGAGGCGCAAAAACUGCAGGUAACGACAACGAUUGUGAACGACGUUGAAUCACAACUGAGUGGAAAUGUUGAUCUGACCAACAUAGCCUUGCUGGUGGUAGCAGCAACAAUCUACUCUCAUGAGGAAAACUAUGAGGCAGCACUCAGAGUUCUUAACCAGUCUGAUGCACUUGAAUGUCGAGCCCUGAUAGUUCAGACAUACUUGAAGAUGGAACGUGUGGAUGCUGCUCGGAAGGAACUGAAGACUUUACAGGAGAAAGAUGAUGAUGCUACACUGACCCAAAUGGCACAAGCCUGGACCCACAUAGCCACGGGUGGAGAAAAGCUCCAGGAUGCCUACUACAUCUUCCAGGAGAUGAUGGACAAAAAUAGUAGCACGGCCAUUCUUCUCAAUGGCCAGGCAGUGUGUUUCCUUGGGCAGGGUAAAUAUGAAGAGGCAGAAGGAGCUUUACAGGAAGCCUUAGAUAAAGAUCCUAAUAAUCCAGAUACCCUUAUUAAUCUAAUGGUUCUUGCUCAUCACACUGCUAAGCCUAAAGAGGUUGCUAGCAGAUAUUUGGCACAACUUAGAGAUGAACACAAAUGUCACAAGUUUGUGCAAGACAUUGUGGCCAAAGAAGAAGAAUUCAACCGUCUGGUUAAACAAUAUGCUGCUUAACUUACACCAGUCUAAAAUUAAAUUAUGAUUCCAUUGUGGUAUUUAAAAGUUUAGGCUUUUGAUUUAAAGGUAGAUUUAUGUCUUGAUUAAAUUGUGGGAUUUAAUUAAAUGUUUUAGUUUUCAUGUUUAAUUCCAUAAGGAUUAUUUAAAUUUUGGAAAUUUAUGAACAUUGCCAUUUUCAUAUCAGUAAACUUAUUUCUGUAAA